AAACUGCAACAAGUAGAAAGCCACGCGCAUGUAAAAUUGACGUCACUUCCUGCAAAAGACCUCGGAAGUCUGUUAAUUACAUGUGCAAGUCUGCAGGUGCUCGCUGUUAAUUUAGUUUGUUUCAAGUGGUUUACGCAUCGUAUCUAAGCACAAUGUGUGACGAAGCUGUUCAUGACCAAGUCAAAGACUAUUAUGGCAAGAAGGUCCAAAAGACCACAGAUCUAAAGCUGAGCGCUUGCACAGUUUCUACUGGCACCAGAAUGAGUAAACAUGCCAAAGAGGCUCUUGCAUCAGUACACGAAGAAGUCUGCAAAAAGUAAAUAUUAUGGAUGUGGACUUGUGAUUCCUGAGGGCCUGGAAGGCAUGAAGAUCCUUGAUUUGGGAAGUGGAAGUGGACAAGACUGUUUUGUUUUAUCAAAACUGGUUGGACCCGAAGGUUACGUAGUUGGUAUUGAUAUGACACAAGAACAGCUAGAUGUUGCUAACCAAUACAUAGACUAUCAUACCAAACUGUAUGACUACAAGAAACCCAAUGUCAAAUUUGUGAAAGGAUACAUUGAACGCCUUGUAGAGGCAGGAUUGGAAGAGAACUCCUUUGAUAUAGUUAUAUCAAACUGUGUCAUUAAUUUGUCUCCUGAUAAAAGAGCAGUUUUAUCCCAAAGUUACAAGAUACUUAAAGAAGGAGGAGAAUUGUAUUUCAGUGAUGUCUAUGCCAGUCAAGAAGUUCCCGAUGAGGCUCGCAAUCAUAAAGAUCUCUGGGGAGAAUGUAUAUCUGGAGCACUUUAUUGGAAGGACUUUCAUGAACUAGCUGGUGAUGUUGGGUUUAGUCAAGCACGCAUUGUUAGUGUUUCCCCGAUAUCUGUGGACAGAGAAGAUUUCAGGAAGAUUCUUGGUGAUAUACAAUUUGUUUCUGUUACCUAUCGCCUUUUUAAGUUGCCAUCAGAUUACCCAAAGACGGCAGGCCAAGCAAUUUACAAUGGUGAGAUUACUGACCAUGAAGAUGAAUUUAAGUUUGAUCACCAGCUGAAAUUCCUUACAAACGAACCAGUUUGCAUUGAUUCUGAAACACAUGCGAUCCUGAAGUAUUCUCGUUUCAAAGAUGAAUUUUUGAUUCGCACUCAAAAGUGUGGAACAACAGAUGAAGGAGAUAGUAGUCCUGCUGUGAUUAAUCCAUUUGAGUUAUUGAAGACCCUUCAGUCAUCUGGGAAAACCGUUGCUAAUGCCUGCUGUGGUGGAAAAAAAUGCUGCUGAUUUUUAUUUUAUGACAGAAGUGUCUACAUCAGUAAAUGGCUAAAUUUAUUUGAUGUGCAUCUUAAUUAUUAAUAUCUGCCACUCAUUCCUGCUGUUGCUUCUUGUUGUGAGGCAAAAUUUCUCUCAUGGAAAAUGAACAAACUUUACUUUGGUGAAGGGUAUUAUAUGAAAUAAUUUUCUGUAUUUUUGUGAACUUUUCCUUCAGAUUCUUUAUUGGUAAUUCUUCCACGAUGUAAAUAAGCUGUGAAGAUAUAUUUCUUAAAUGAAUUUAAGAAAUCAUGUUGUAAUAUACACAUCAUUUAUAUCAUUUAUAUAUGAUUGGAUAAAGUAUUGAGCUAAAACCCCAA